CUACGUGUGAACGAUGGGCGGAGGGCGUGGCUAUGAUACUGGAGGACAGCUUAUGCGGUACGCUCGAUGCAAGAAACGCUGACGGUCGUACAGCGCUUCAUGAAGCUUCCGCUUUAGGAGAGGAAAACAUCAUUUUCAGAUUACUAGAGAAGGGAGCAAAUAUCAACAGUAAAGACAGCAAUGGGGUCACUCCGCUCUAUACAGCCUGCAGUAGCAACCAACCCAAGGCUUGUCAAUUCCUGAUAAUAAAGGGGGCUGACCCCACGCUCAGGCACCCAAGGACGGGAUGGGUUCCCCUCCAUGAGGCGGCGAUGAAAGGUCAUGCGGGCUGCGUCAAGGAACUUAUCAUGAAUGGCGCCCCCUGUCAUCCACGCAGUGCCGAUAACGACACUCCUCUCGACUUGGCAAGGAGAUAUGAGCACCAACAUGUCGUUAUGUACCUCAAGACUUGUAAACCUAAGAAUCCUAGGCUACAAGGCAAGCCCUGGUUCCACGGAUCCAUGGACCGGAAAAAAGCCCUGGAAUCGAUUCAGAAACACGGUGCUAAAGAUGGCCAGUAUUUGCUCCGGAGCAGUGCUAAUAAACCCGACACCAUGGUGCUUUCAAUGGCUGCAAACGGCACUGUCUUUAACUUUGAGAUUAACACUAAAAUGGAGAGCUACUACAUCGACGACGGCCCUUACUUCGACACCCUAGAACAACUCAUCGAUCACUACUGCCGCUACGACGACGGUCUUCCAACACAACUUCUCUUCCCCAUCCCCCCUCCCCCAGGGCGUAUCGACAAUGGCCCCCCUACCAGAGAAAAGCCCAGUCCUGCUCCUAGACCGGCUGAUCUUACCUCCCACAAAGGAUCCCCAGUCAGGAGGGAUAGUCCUGAGCCUCCUGUUAGUCCUCUGGAUAGGGAGGGGUCAAUACCCAUGUCACCCCCUCCUGAGUUGCCAACAGGGAGAGUGCCUAAGACGAACACCUUCUCCAAGUUGUUUAGUGGAAUCCGAGCUUCAGAGAAGAUCAAGAAGAAAGAGAUGGAUCGACAGAGAAAGGAACUCCAGAAAGCCAUUCAUGAAGCGCCUGGUGGGGGCUCUGAUGAGGUUCAGUGUAUAGAUGCUAGUCACAUUGAAAGAGGCAACGAGAUCGGCCAGGGAGAGUUUGGCUCUGUCCUGGAGGGUAAGCUGAAGGAGGGUAACCGCUGGGUGAAGGUGGCUCUGAAGACCCUACAUGCAGACCAUCUUCAGACCGGUCAGAAGGAGUUCUUGAGAGAAGCUAAGGUUAUGUGUGGUCUGGACCAUCCCUGUAUUGUCAAGCUCAUGGGAGUGUGUCUUGGUCCACCUAUGAUGCUGGUCCAGGAACUGGUCUCUCUCGGGGCCAUGUUGGACUUCCUCCAGAAUGAUUCCAUCACCGCCUCGGACCUGAAGCUCUGGGCCACCCAGAUAGCCUCGGGGAUGAUGUACCUGGAAGGAAAGAAGUUUGUUCAUAGAGACCUUGCCGCACGGAACAUACUGUUGGAAAAUAAAGGACAGGCAAAGAUCAGUGACUUUGGUCUGUCGAGAGCGACGGGAGCAAACAAUGACUACUACAGAUCGACAACCGGUGGACGAUGGCCCGUCAAAUGGUAUGCACCGGAGUCUAUAUACUAUGGUACCUUCUCGCAUGCAUCUGAUGUUUGGAGUUUUGGUGUGACGUUAUGGGAGAUGAACUCGAGAGGAUCACAGCCCUAUGGAGAGAAAACUGGUGCUGAGGUCAUCAAACAAAUAGAGAAUGGUCAUCGUCUGUCAAGACCCGAGGGAUGUCCGCAGAACGUCUAUCACAUCAUGCAGAAGUGCUGGUCCUAUAAACCUUGCAAUAGACCUACCUUCUCACAACUCAAUGACAUGUUCCGGGAUGACCCAGAAUACGGUGCUUUCUACCACAGAGGGGCCCAUAAUCCCCCCAGCAGGAGAUAAUAGUCUUGGUCUAGAUCCAGGUCUAGGUCAGGUAGUCCUGGUGUCUAGUCCCUAAUUUUGUGUCGCCAGAAGUGCAUUUUUACAGCCAAAGCAAUCAGUAAAAAAUAAGAUGUAGUUUUUAUUCAUGGAAAUAUACAAUGGUCAUCAAGCAAAAGGUGACAGUCUAGGUCCAGUUCAGGUAGUCCUGGUCUAGUCUGUGUAGUUCUGUAUUUUGUAGCCAAAAGUGCAUUUUCACAGAAAAAAUUGAUCAGUAGUUGUUGCACAGACUUGCGUUUUAUCACAGAAAUAAUCGCUUUUCUGUCAGGAUUUGAUAGUUGCUCUGGUCCAGGGGAAAAAAAAAACCUGCUUCUUAAUCUUAAUUUCUAGCCUUUCUACAGCCAAAGCAACUUGUAAUGUUGUCCAGAAAUAUUAUUAUUGCGCACACUUUUUAUUACCAAAAAUCUUUGAUGCAGUAAAGUUCCUGUAUCUGAAUCUCGGUCCUGAUCACAUAUAUAGUCCUAGUCUAGUUUGAUUGGUCCCAAAUCAUUGUUAGAAGUUUGUUAUCUGCUCCAAAACAUGUUGGAAAUUAAAGAAUCUGAUAAAGAUAAGGUAAGUUUUAUCUUAUUUUUCAUUGUUUGUUUGUCUGCAAAUGUACAGUUUGUAAGGUAAGGUAACCCUGUUUUGGUAAUAAAUCACCAUAGCGAUGAAUUCAAGCAUUUUGACAAAUCAAAUCUAUAAGAUCUGGCUUCUGAAUUUUUACAUUAAUUCCUGUUAGAGGGAUCAAGUCCUUGCUUGGGGCCAAUUCAUUUCCAGAUUGUAGAUAAUCUCACAAUUCCUCUGGCAUCACUGCUGUUUUGUACAUUUAUGUCACAGAAGUUUGUAGCACCAUGUGUGAGCAGCCCCUUUAGGAUUACAUACAACAUUACCAAUAUACACUCAAUCUCUGUGUAAGUAUUAUUUUAAUACCUUAUUAGAUAUUCUGUGACCAGUGAUUGCUUUGCCAAUCUUUGAAGCAUAGUUUGAUUGUUUUUUUUUUGUCUGUAAAUACCUGAAUAUGAUAUAUAAGAUUUUGAUAAUGAUCUAUUUUCUCAACAAUGAUCGUGAUAUGUAUAUCUGGAUAUACACCGGCAGGUCUGGUUAUAUAUUUCUGUUUCAAAGAAAAUAUGAAAAUAAGAAAAUGGAGUGACAAGAUAUUGCAUGUCUAUGUAUUAAAACAAUACUAUAUUUUAUAGAAAAUAUUGAAGGAACAUGUGUUUUCUUUGAAAAAAAAAGGAUGAUAUUAAAAAAAUAUAUGUAACAAUGAUGUUUGCACUACUUUAAAAAGAUAUUCUGUAUGACGCUCUUCAUUUUUUUAAUCGAUCACAAGUAAAUCUUUGAAAUACAUUGUAAUAGAAGUUUCUACAUUUAUAAGAUGCACUUGUAUGUACACGGACAUUUACAGAAUUGAAUAUCAUUGAUAUACAUUUGGCAUUCCAUAGUUGUUAGUAAUACAUUUGUGAUUGAUAGUGGAGUAUAAAGAAGGUCACUUGUGAAUAACAAAAUUAGUGGAUCAAAUCUCACAGUUUGCUAUGGCAACCUUUUGAAGUAUUACAUGUGCCACUCUCCAACCAGGGGAUACUCAUAUUGUUUCUCUGGAUAGGAUAUGAACGCUGUUUGUGCAUGCAUAUAAAAUGACACCCUUUUGAAAUAUUUCCCCUGGAGUGGAGUGUGUACACUUUCAUGUUGAGCUCAGUUGUAUAGGGUGAUGAUAAGAAGUAAAAUAGAGAUGGAUUUAUUGUCUACUUUGAUGAAUUCUAUAAUGAUGAGGGAUUGUUGAGAUAAUAAACUCUUUAUUUAUAAGGCGCUUAAGAAAUACACUGUACAUGUGCGUAUCUAUAAAGCGCGUACAGAGUAUUAUUACUCUGGUCAUCAGAUUCACUCAAAUCAUUUCCGCAUGCGAUGCAUGCACAUCCUCCACUCCCUACGGAGUAUUCCAGCCAGAUAUUGGAAGAAAGGGAUAACCAGGAAAUACUGAGCACUGAGGGAAUGAGGAGCGGUAUAUUAGAACUGGGAUUUUCAAAACCACUGCAGUCUGAGACAUUCAGGCGAUUUAGAAUAAUUUUUUUUGUUACCAAAGUUGGGAGAAUAGCUGUGAUGUUCCACUUAUGCUGUUAUUAUAAGGAAUAUGCAAAUAAAUAAUAUUUUGUAUAAUUAAAACAUAUUUUUGAUUGUUGUAAAUGAAUAUACAAGCAUUCCCAUCUGAUAUUGUAUAAGUGGUACAAUUUCUGUCCAGUGCUAUGAAAACUGAUUAUACAUCACUAAAAAGAGAAAUUACUAGAUUUUAGAUUUAGUCAUUAGUGGCUUUAUAACAAGUUGAAUUAUUUCUGAAUUUUUUUAAAUUUACAAAUGUCUCGUUAUUUCAUUUUAUUUCACUCAGAAAGAUUCCCAAAUAAAUUACCAGUAUAUUGAUUACUAUAUAAUUUUAAGAGGAAAUAAUUAGUUUUUCUAAAAUGAAAUCAUAAUAUUUCAUCAUAGUUUUGUCUGUUUUAUACUGCAAUCAUAAACAACAUUAUUAUGAGAGACGUGAUAAAUUUCCUAGCACUUGCCCACAUUUCAUGACUACCCAAUAGCUCUGUUAAAGAGCAAAUGGCAUUCAAACGCAUAAACGAAAAAAGGAGAGACAAAUCUAACACAAUUUGUACCUGUAAAUGCAUGUUUGUGGUUGAAAUUCAAAUUGCACUUCGGUUCGAUUACAACUCUCUGUGCCAUCUGCGACGGGUAAUUCAUUAG